AUGCCAGCCGAGGGCGGGGGGCAGCUCAGCCGAUUCUCAACCCAGAUCCCCCAAGCAGCCCCCAAGCGGAUCGCAGCCUCAUUCAAGCCAGGGCCAUUCCGAGGCGCACUCCUCGCCAGCGAACCCAGGCAGGACCAUGACCAACAGCCCCAGCACGACUACUCAGCCUCACAGCUACUCCGAGCAGCCAGAACCACACCCUCCUCAUCCUCAGCAAGCCCCCCCGCCACCACCACCCUGCACUUCCCCCACUCCAGGCUGAUCAGACAGCAUCUCGACGAGCUGCUCUACCCGCUCACCUUCUCCGACCAACUGGCCUGCCGGAUCGUCAGCUCAAAGAACCUGCUCAAGUCCCAGCACGCCCUCGACGCUCUCGAACACCACGCCCCAGGCGGCGUCGGCUUUGCGCGCCUCGGCGAACACAACUCCAAGCUGAGCUUCAUCGGCCGCCGCGCCAUCGAAGUGAUCGAGGACGCCCUGCUCACCAAGUUCGUCCUCGGCCAGUACGUCGGCCACCAGUGGGAACUCGAGAAGAUCAUGCGCUGGAGAGAACUCGCCCCGCCCCCCACCCAAGCACCACCCACCAAAGCUCUCAACGGCACCGGGCUCUGGAUGGCCCGGGGACACGUCGUAGAAGCGAUCGUCGGCGCAGUCAUGGCCGAACACGGCGCAAGACUCAGCAUCGCCGUCUUCCACUCCCUCGUCCUCCCCCACCUCUCCUUCCGUCUCGAUCCCGCCCUCCUGCCCGCCAUCAAGGCCGUCCAAACGCACGACCACGAGCUCGAGAGCCCCGCCGCCGGGCUCGUCGACUGGAAAUCCCUCCGCAUCGAGCCCUUCCUCGCCAACAACCCCGCCCAGCAGCCGGCCUCCGCCGAGCUCAGUACCCCCGCACCCGUCGCCGCUGUCGGCUGA